AUGGAGGAAACCAGCCUGGAGAGUGUUUUACGGAGUAAAUUAAUAAAAAUCUAUAAUUUAACAACAGCAACAAAUUUUAUUAAACAUAAAUCUGAAUUGGAUGUCGUUCGGAGGGAAUUAAAACCUACAGUGGACUCGAUAAAAAUCCAAAUCAGCUGUUUAAAACAAAAGUUUGAAUACAUGAAGGAACAAAAUAAUGGAAUUGAGAAUCUCAAUCAACUUUUGGACACUUAUAAUGAAAAAGUGUCACACAUGCUAGAAAAUUUUCCUCCAAGCUUAAACAUCACAGCCAAAGAUCAUAAAAAAUUUGAACAAAAGAACAAUGCAAACUCCGUUCUUGUCGAGCAAAAAUUUACACCAGCUAAACCUGACACCGUCAUUGAUCCUACAGAGUUUCUUCCGUUUCAAAAGGACUGCAAAAAGACACUUUUUAAAGACAAUGAGGAUUCUUAUCAAAUUGAGCUUGUUAAUACAAUAGAAUUUUCAAAAAUACCAAAGUACAUGAUCGGAAGGCACACUCUUACUCAUAUAAACGAUUUUAUUACAACCAUUAAUCAAAUUAUCAAGUCUAAAUAUUCAUUAUUGAGCUUGGGAAAAAUUGGAGCACGGAAAAAAGGUGAACUGGAUUUGUAUUUGCAUUUUAAAAAAGAAGAGACCGACGUGUAUCCAAACAAAGAGCGAAAAUAUUUUUUUACCGGCGAAGAUUACUACCGAGAAACAAAAACUAAGCUUGAUAAAAUGAAAUUGAACAAUCUGACUAUACUGAGGCAUUGCAAGCGAAUCAAAGAAGUUAGAAUUGGAAAAGUUGUAAUUUAUGAACUAAUAACUAAUUAG